AUGGCUAGCAGCGAGAUGGAUAAAUCUAGUAAAGAAAAGGAACCUAAAACGCCGCCUCCUGCUUCUUCUGCUCCUCCUCCUCCCUCUUCACAGGAACCUUCGUCGGCUGUGAGUGCAGGCAUGGCUACUCCAGAUUGGACUGGUUUUCAGGCAUAUUCUCCUAUGCCGCCUCAUGGUUAUGUGGCAUCAAGUCCCCAACCUCACCCUUAUAUGUGGGGGCAUAUGAUGCCUCCUUAUGGAACUCCGCCACAUCCAUAUGUUACAAUGUAUCCCCCAGGUGGCAUGUACGCGCAUCCUUCAAUGCCUCCGGGCUCUUAUCCAUAUAGCCCUUAUGCUAUGCCUUCGCCAAAUGGAAUGGCUGAAGCUUCUGGAAAUACUACAGGCGGCACUGAAGGGGAUGCUAAACAAUCUGAUCCGAAGGAAAAGUUGCCUAUCAAAAGAUCAAGAGGAAGCUUGGGAAGUUUGAACAUGAUUACAGGAAAGAACAAUGAACCUGGAAAAAACUCUGGGGCAUCAGCUAAUGGAGCUUACUCUAAAAGUGGGGAGAGUGCUUCUGAUGGUUCAAGUGAAGGAAGUGAAGGAAACUCUCAAAAUGACUCGGGAUCUGGACAAGACGGGAAAGAUGCAUCAGAGAAUGGUGGUUCUGCUAAUGGUCCCCGAAAUGGAAGUGCUGCUGCUACACCUAUUCUACCGGUGAGCCAGACCGUGCCAAUCAUGCCAAUGACAGCUGCAGGUGUUCCCGGCCCACCAACAAAUUUAAACAUUGGGAUGGAUUAUUGGGGUGCUCCUACUUCAGCCGCCAUCCCUGGGAUGCAUGGGAAAGUAUCUACAACCGUUCCUGGAGUUGUUGCUCCAGUCUCACGUGAUGGUGGCCAUUCACAACCCUGGUUACAGGAUGAUAGAGAACUUAAGAGACAGAGACGUAAGCAGUCCAAUAGGGAGUCUGCUCGAAGAUCGAGGCUGCGUAAACAGGCCGAAUGUGAUGAGCUGGCGCAACGCGCUGAGGUGUUGAAUGAAGAGAACGCAAGUCUCAGAGCAGAAAUUAACAAGCUCAAGAGCCAGUGCGAAGAUCUCACCGCUGAAAAUACCUCUCUCAAGGACCACCUGUUAUCAUUUCCUCCACUGGAAGGCAUAGAGAUGGACAAGGACGACCAAGAACCAGACACCAAUCAAACAGGCGUCGCUGAGACGAAGGUUGGCUCCUACAAAGACUCAAAGUGA